AUGGCGAUGGCUUCUAUGGCAUUUUGCGUGAACUCAGUGAGCUUUCAGAAUCGUCGCCGAUAUAACAGUGGAAUGGUAUUUGCGAGUUUGGGAAACAAAGAAGCAGCUACUUUGGGAGUUAGGGUUACAGAAGGUGAGGGAAAAUUGCCAAAACUCGUUCUCUCUUCUCCGGCUGGUAGUGAGGCUGAGAUAUAUUUGUUUGGUGGUUGCAUUACCUCUUGGAAGGUUCCCAAUGGCAAUGACCUUCUAUUUGUUCGUCCUGAUGCUGUUUUCAAUAAGAAGAAACCAAUAAGUGGAGGAAUUCCGCAUUGCUUUCCGCAGUUUGGUCCUGGUGUAAUUCAGCAGCACGGAUUUGCAAGGAAUGUGGAUUGGACUGUUGGUGAUUCUGAGAAUGUGGAGGGAAAUCCUGUUGUAACUCUGGAACUGAAGGAUGAUUCCUAUAGUCGGGCUAUGUGGGAUUUCAGCUUCCAUGCUUUAUACAAGAUCACACUAAAUGCUAAAAGUCUUUCAACGGAGUUAAAGGUUAAAAAUACAGACAAUAAGGCGUUCUCAUUCAAUACUGCUUUGCACACAUAUUUUAGGGCUUCUGUAACUGGUGCAUCAGUUAAGGGGUUAAAAGGUUGCAAAACACUGAACAAACAUCCAGAUCCUAAAAAUCCAGUUGAGGGUAGCGAAGAAAGGGAUGUGGUCACUUUCCCAGGAUUUGUAGAUUGUGUUUAUCUUGAUGCUUCAAAUGAGUUGGAGCUUGAUAAUGGAUUGGGUGAUACAAUAUCUAUCAAGAACACAAACUGGUCAGACGCAGUGUUGUGGAAUCCUCAUCUUCAAAUGGAAGCAUGUUACAAAGAUUUUGUUUGCGUUGAAAAUGCUAAGAUUGGAAGUGUCCAGUUAGAGCCAGAACAAACUUGGACAGCUGUGCAGCAUCUUACCAUUGCAUAA